AAAGUUUAUCGUCAUGAAAAACGACCUGAUCGAUUGAAAUUCGAAAUCGAACGCCACAUCGAUUGCCAUGCUAUUGGCUAUUCGGAUGCAACACUCAAUGAAUGUGGAUAUUGUGUUGGUGGUCAAACCAAAUUGGAUUAUGAUCAUGGAAAAGAUUGUCUAGGAGUUUGUUUUGGCAACACAACCAUAGAUUGUAUGGGUGUUUGUGGUGGUGAUGCCUAUAUCGAUGAAUGUUCUGGAACUUGUAUACAACCAGGUUUAGUUGCCAUUGAUAAACAUUCAUCAUUAGUAUUGAUGAAUCGUGAUUGUCGUGGUUUAUGUUUACAGCAACCACCACCACCAGCCACAACAACAACGGAUAAAGAAUCCAAUCAACAACGACAAAACAAUCCGAUGGUUGCAACACAAUCAUAUCAAUUGGAUCGUUGUGGGUUUUGUUCACUUUCACAAUCACAACAAUCACAACAACAACAACAACAACAAUCAUCACCAUCGUCAUCGUCAUCGGUGAACGAUCCAAACCAGAUGACAAUGUCACAAUCAAUGGAUUGCAAAGGAAAUUGUCAACUUCCUGGCUUAGUCAAGCAUACAAUAGUUUGUGGCCAAUGUAUUAAUCAACAGAAUGAAAUGCCAACUGUAAUUGAUAAUUGUGGCCAUUGUCUAUCUGAAGGGCAUGCUUGUUCAUGUGAUCGUGAUCCAAUACGUUGUGGCUGUAUUGAUCAAAAUAAUUGCUAUCUGAUUAAAAAUCUAUUGCCCAUAGCUAUACCGAACAAUGUUCCAGUGAAUAUUUCAAUUGUUGGUUAUUUUUAUCCAUAUGUUAAUCAAUUAUAUUGUGUGAUACGUUCACAAUCAUUUGAAAUAAUUGAAUCAUUUCCGGUACAAUUUUUAUAUAAAAAUAAAACAUUCAUACAAUGUACAAUGAAAUUGGAACAAUCUGGCGAAUAUGUUGUCGGUUUAGGUUUCCGUCCGAAUGUAUUGAUUACACCGCCCAAGGAUUUAUUACAAUUUUAUGUUUUUGAUUCGAAUGCAGUCAAUUUAACUGGAAUUACGCCUCAACGUUCAUUUUCCAAUGAAUCCGAUUUGCCAUUAAUGAUUAAAUUCAAUGCUAUUGUUGAUAAUCAUGAAUUGCCACCUACACCGAUUCGUUGUGGAAUCAUAUAUGAAAAUGGCCAACAAGAGCUUAGUGAUUAUGGUCAGGAUCAAUAUUCUUGUAGAUUGAAAGAAUCUAAAUUACGAGCAAAAUCACAGAUAACAAGAAUAUAUCCAACUUUUGAUGGAAUUAAUUUCAUUGGUUCCGGAUUCGAUCAUCUGAUUCAAUCACCUGCACCAAAAAUUUUUGCCUUAUCAUCAUUUAUAUCUGAGGAUAGUCUUUCGAUAAUUGUUAAUUUUGAUAAAUCAGUCAAUAUUGAAAUCAUCGAGAAUCAUAUACGUGAAAAUGUCGAUGAUGAUGAAGAUGAUGUUGCAUUGAUUAUGUGUGAUUAUCUACUAACCGAAUCGACUAUAGAACAACUUAGCUUAUUCGAAUUGGAAAGCUGUAAAUGGGCCACACGAACACAAUUUAUUAUAACGAUAUUGAAACCAUUUUCAUCGGAUAUGAUCGAAAUACAAUUGAAGCCACAAGUAUUAUCAGAACAUGGACAAAAAUAUCCUUUGUUCAAUCAAGAAUCUGAAUCGGCCAAUAUAUCAAAACUUUCAAAUCAUCUGAAUUGGUGGAGCUAUGAACCAAUGAUUGCCAUUAUUGGACCAAAUGAAAUAUCAUUCUGUGGUAUUUUUUCAUUGAUUGGCCAUUUUUCUUCACCUCGUGGUACUACUGAAGUGAAUUUUGAAUGGAAAGUUUCCGGUGAAGUUACCAGUGAUCUUCGACAAUAUGUUCGUAGUCAUGGAAAAUCAACGAAUCUUUUAUUGAAUGCUGAAAUGUUUGAUAUAAAUACAGAAUAUACGUUUACAUUCAGUGCAUUUAUACAUGCUCGACGUCAAAGUAUCGAAGCCGUACAUUCAUUAAUACGGCUAGAAUAUGAAACACCGAAUUUGGUCAUCUAUUCUACAAAUACAUUGAGUAGCAAUCCGUUACGUGAAAAUGAUCCUAUUCUGUUGUUUGGUGAUUUUCAUAUUCCCGAUUGUAUUUAUCCACCACAAUUGAUCACAAUGUAUUGGUCAACCAAUGACCCGUUGGUGCUGUUUCCAAUCAAACAAAUCACAAAACGUUAUACCGCUAUAUAUCAUAUUGAACCAUAUUCAAUACCAUCUAAUCAUUUGACAUCGAUUACUUUGAAUGCUCAUAUUGGAUUCUUUGUAAAUCAAACAAGUAAAGCUACCUUUUCAAUCAAUUCACUACCAGCACAGUUAAAAACUAAUCCAGCUAAUGGAAUCAAUCGAAUUACAAUCGGUACACAAAGUGGAUUGCUUACUAUUCCAUCUAAUAAUGAUAUUCGUCAAAAACGUUUUGUCUAUCAAUGGAGUUGUCAUGACACAAAAUCUGCACAACCUUGUUAUUAUAAUUUUUUGUCUGUACCGAAUGACCUUCAUAGAAAUCCAUUAUUGAUCACUAGAGAAAUUCAAACACAAAAAGUGUUGAUGUUAAAUUCCAGUUCAUUUCAGCCAAAUAAUCAAUAUUUGAUUGGACUUCAAGUUUUCGAUGCCAAUGAUAGCCGUUCAAGUUCAGAAACUGAAUAUAUUUUACUCAAUGUUAUCGAUGGUAUUAAACCACAAGUGUUUAUUGGACCAGUAUAUAUAAAUGGUGAAUUCUUAGUUCCAUACAAUGCACAUUUUUCCACAUUUGUCAUACCAUCCGGUAGUAAUAUUGUGAUUCGAGGAAAAGCAUAUCUAAAUCGUGGAGUGAAAAAUGUCAUAUGGAAAUCUCCAACUUUUCGUUAUCCAUUACUUUGGACCAAUGAUCAAAUCAGUGAUCAGGAAAUCCAUACUGAGCUUUACUUAUAUGGAGAUACAUUGACCGCAUAUGGGACAUAUAAUUUUAAAAUGGAAUCCUGUAGUCAUUCAAAUGAAUGUAGUUUAGCAGAAAUUUCAUUGAUGUCCGCUCAAUCGACUACAAUGUGUGAAGUUGGUGUUGAAUCUUAUGUUGAAUUAGAAAUGACAUUGGCUAGCAUUGAAAAAUGUAAUCUUUCACCAAGUUCAUCGCCCAUUACAUAUCAAAUAUAUCUGGAAGAUGAACAUUAUCCAGCAAUGUUACCAUUGACUAUGCCACAAUUAUCACCAGUUAUUAUUUUUCCAGGCACUCCGGUACCAAUUUUUAAUGAAAAUCAAUUAACACGUUUAACAGUGAAAACUUGUGAUCGUUUUCAAACCUGCACGCUACAUCGAUCAUAUCCAAUUCGUGUGGAACAUUCACCGAAUCUGACACAAUCAAUUCUACAACUUAUACAACAUGCACGUCGUAUCUAUCAAACUGGUGAUAUGAUUGUUGCAUUGAAUUAUUUGAAUCCAAUUUUUCUUAAACAUGAUUUUGAAAUGGAAAAUCACGCAUUAUUUGAAAUGGCCAUCAAUUCAAGCAUUGAAUUCGCAACCACAGCCAUACAAUUGCCAAAUUUAAUACUAAGUUCAGGUCAUUAUGAACUAAUGUUCAGUAUGUUUAGUCAUGCAUUACAUAAAACGGAAAAUCUAUUGUUGCGACGAAAAUUGCUUAAUUUAAUUAUUCGUUAUUUUGAAAAAGCUGAUGCUCAUCAUAUCAGAAUUUCAAUCAAAAAUAUUCGUAUUAUUUAUGCAAAUGUUAUGAAUUCAUUUGUUCAUUCAUCCAGUGAUGAUCGAUGGAAUAAUCAAGAAGAAAAUUUAAAAUUCCUUAAAGAUAUUCGUGAAACAUUCAAAAGAAUUAAAAAAGCUGUUGCAUCACGUAUGCCACUUGGUGCACAUACUGUGAUGUUAGCUGAAAGAAUCGAAUAUCAUACUGCUCAAUUCGAUUCAAUGGAUCAAAUGACAACUAACGCCGCUACGUUGCCAGUGAAAAUUCAUACAGCAUAUACAGAAGUUAUUCAUUCGGAUAAUGUAGAAGAUCUUUAUAUCAGAGCACAAAUGUCACAGAAUCGAACAAUUACAGCAAAAGUAAGAUUUGGACCAGAAAUUCGACAAAUGUUCAAUAAAAGUUGGGAUUGUGAUCGACGACAUCCAUGUUCAAGUGUUGUACAGUUUGUAACUGUAUUCCCGGAUGAAAGUCCAUUUCCUCAUGAUGAACGAACACAUCGAUUGUCUCCAAUCAUUGAUAUAACUAUUCAUGCACCACAUACUGGUCAAGAACAACGAAUCCGUGGUCUUUUCAAAGCAUCUGUUUUUGAACUUACUGUCACUGGAAAUGAUUCAUAUGGUGGAUCCAGUUAUACUACUAAAUGUCAUUAUUUCGAUGAAUCAACACAACAAUGGCGUAUGGAUGAUAUUCAUCCAUUGGGUAUUGCUUAUGCACAAGCUGGUUGUUGGUCUGGUCAUCUAUCGUCAUUUGUCAUUCUAAGAACAAUCAUGGGUAUCAGUGCUGAUUAUGUAAUUGGCGUUUUAGUUGCUUGUACAAUGGGUGUAUUGAUAUUUGGUAUGAUGGUUGUAUUCUAUGUACAACGUAAAAAUGAUGCUGAAGCUGCAACAACAGCAGCAGCAGCAGCAAAUAAAGAAAAUGAUGGUGUAGACAAAAAAUCAACCAUUGAUGACAUUUCUAAUCAGAGACAAAAACGAACAGCCAAAGUUGGUGCAAUGGAAAUUCAAAGUCAAACAAUUUUAGUAGCUGAUGAUUGACAAUUACAGAUGUUGAAUAUACCAAAAAAUUUUCUUUUAUUAACAUCGUUUCAACGUCGAUAGUUGAAACAAAAAUAAAUUUGUUUGUUUUUUUUUUGUA